AUGCUCUUCACCCUUACCCUCCUCGCGGCAACAGCCAUCGCCUCACCCCUCUCAGACCUAGAAGCGCGGGCCUUCAGCUUCCCUAUCCCUUCCUCCAAGGGCAGCGUAACCUACAGCAGCGCCCAAAGCAUCUCCGGAACCUUCGAUGGCGGCCUCAAGACAUACGGCCGCGGCCUCAAGACCUACGGCCGCGGCGUCAGCUGCACCGGCGAUGCCGAGGGCGGCGACAAAGACGCAGUCUUCUUGCUCGCUGAUGGGGCCACCCUGAAGAACGCCAUCGUCGGCGCAGACCAGAUUGAGGGAGUCCACUGUCUCGGCACCUGCACUAUCGAGAACGUCUGGUGGACCGACGUCUGCGAAGACGCCCUAAGCAUCAAAGGCAACGGCAACGCCAAGACUACAGGCGGCGGCGCCCGCAACGCCGACGACAAGUACGUCCCUCCUCCUUAUCCCCCACAAUUCCACCCACCCCUUUCCACCCAUCCUUCAGGCGGCAAGCUACCCCACAGAAUCGUCCAACACAACGGCAUCGCCACCGUAACAAUCAACAGCUUCUCCGCCCAAACCUUCGGAAAACUCUCCCGCUCCUGCGGAAACUGCCCAGGAAACGGCAAAGCGCGCACCGUCGUGAUCAAGAACGUCAAGGCCUCUGGCGGGUCGGUGCUUGCGGGGGUUAAUUCCAACUAUGGCGACACGGCAACAAUCGAGUCCUCCACCUGCGCGACAAGUGUCAAGCAGAUCUGUAACCAGUACACGGGUAACAACAGUGGUGCUGAGCCGCCGCUGAUUUCCUGGGGGCCGAGUUCGCAUUGCAAGUAUAGCACGAUUGCGGCGUGUUAG